CCUGUUUUUCAACCAGCCAUGUUUUUGCAAAUAUUGUGUCCAAAUAUGAAUUGGCAAAAGGAACUCAUCUGGCUGGCCAUUUGCCUCAGGCUGCUGGCAGUUUCUGGCUCAGUUCAAGAUGAAGCCGACUAUUGUGCAGAGCUUUCAAUCCAGUCCUUGAGCAAAAUACUGGGACAGGCAUUCAAUCCGCGCUACAUGAGCAUCGAUCCGCCGGGGGAGCCCGAGGAGAAGAGCUACCAGUUGGGAUACAAGCGAUCGUCGUACGAAUUGCCCUUCUAUGCGGACAGUGAUGUGAUCUCGGUCAGCCACUUUGCCGCCUGGGAGACAAACCACUUUGCGAUGGUGGAAAAGAAGGAGUCGUCGAGGAGCAAGAGCCUGCGAACGAGAAGCGCGUUCAUGGAUCGAGUGUCACAUCCGCGAAUUGAUGGCUUUAAACAGCGGCCCUGGGAGUGCUCAUCGAAGAUCAACUGGAUCGAUUUAGGCUUAAAUUACUUUCCACGCUAUAUCCGUUCCAUCGAGUGUAUUGCCAGAAAAUGUUGGUAUGAUCACUUUAAUUGCAAGCCAAAAUCAUUUACAAUAAAAGUACUGCGCCGUAAAACUGGCUCAUGCAUUCGAAUAAACGAUAAAUUGAUUUUGAUCACCGCUGAGAAAUUUGAGAAUGAUUAUACGCAGCUCUGGAUUUGGGAAGAAAUAGCGGUUAACUUUUGCUGUGAAUGUGUUAUGCUAUACUAA